ACUGCACACAAAUCGUGGAAGCCACAAAGCAGCUGACCUUACAACAAAGCUGCACACUGCACAGAGGAGAGUGAGGUGAAAGGAUAGGAGAGGUGACAGCUCUUAGUCAGUUAGCAGCGUGCGACUAACUCUCACCGACAAAGUCUGUGUGACGGGAGCAGUGGGAGGACAAGACAAUCACCGCAGAACGGAAAAAAUAAAAAUAGAGGAAACAAUCCAGGACUGCAGCUGAAACUAAGCAUUUACCACCAAAAGAAGCAGGAGGAAGAGGUAACUUUGCUACAGUAGGUUUACAGAAGCGCAACGCUGGAGGGUGGACCAUGUGAACAGCUCAUCUUUGCAAAGUCUCUCAAAAGCUUACAGCAGAGUCAGGAGUGCAGUUUUGUUUCAGCAUUUUCAGGGCCUAUUAGCAUAAAGGGCAAUGCCUCUGUUCGGCUGGAUGAAGUGGUCGAAUCAAACGAGAGCACAGACCCGAUCGCCAAGCAGAGCGGAGCCGGUGUCCGGCCAUGUGUUGCUCACAGAGCUGCUGUGGCACGUGGAGGAACGAGAAUGUCUGGCGAGACAACUGGAGCGGGAGAACAGGCUGGCCCACAGCGCCCUGGGCCUCCGCUGGUUCCAGAAACACCCCAGACUACGAACCCUCGUCUCAUCGUCGGAGAUGCACCAGCUGGAGUUCCUCUGCUCACAGGUUCCACCCGUCGACACGGCCACAGUCGUCUCAAGGUUUCGCGAAGUGAUCGCCACCAACAACGUACAACCCUGGGAGCUGGCGGCCGUCUUCAAGCACAUCCUGAUCGACUUCCUCAACCAAAGACAAUAUAUUGAAGAAGAAGGCCUAUCAACGGAGGUCUGGAGCAGCCAGUACAAGAAGCAGGGCUCGGUCACUCCCAUAAUGCCCCAAGGUGGAAGCCAUGAAAGGGAAGAGAUCCCAACGGUCUCCGGGUAUGUGGAUCGGGCCAUGCGCCACCCAAGUUUGUUCACAACCAGCAGGGUCUGGGAUCUUCCGUACUACUACCCCGGACCUCUGAGACCCAAAGGAGAAAGUACAACACUGUGAAAAGAUACACCCCAGUGUGGAGAAAUGUGAAAAUGUCCUGUGAUAUGCCAAGGGUCAAUUCUGUGAAAGAUAUUUCUCCCCUAACAACUGGUUUACAUACUACUGAAAACCCCUUGUUUGAGUUUGUAUUGCACCAGAGGACUGUAGCAAUCCUGUAGUAACUGAGGACAGGUUUGUAAAUAUGAAGAAAAGGCUUUCAUUAUCAACAUUAGAGAUUUUGUCUCUCUGUAGAGUUUUUAUGAUGCAAGACAUACAAAAAAAAAAGUCACACCAUUUUCCUCUAAACAUUUUUUAAAAUCUUCAGGGUCUCGUUUUUGUUAUCCAACAUACCCCAAUAAAGAAGGACUGGACAAUAAAUCAAUAACUUUUAUCAGGAUAGACAAGAGAUCAAUAUCAAUAGAUAAUGCAUCUGAUAAAAUAUUCAAUACAUAGAACGUUCACUGAACUCCGAUCCAGAACUGCACAGCAUUCUGGGAGAUGUAGGCAGAGGACAGCCAUUAGCCUCUCGCAGAUUGGUGGAAUCAACUAACUCACUCACUCGCUCUUUGGUUACCUAGCAACAACCUCUUGAGUAACUUGCACAGCAGCAGUUUCAGGUUUCACCACCGUACCUCAAUACUGCUUAAAAGUGUGGAGUGAAAACUGUGUAUAAAAGAGGACAGGUCAUCGGUUUGAUAGUAUUUCACAUAUUUACAACUAAAAACCGAUCAAUAACUCUCAACAAUUAUUGAUAGACUGAUGUCAAAGUCUAACAUAGUGAUGGGGGUUUCCAGCCAGGCAGUCCAGCCCUGCAAUAAAUCAUUAAAAAAACAUCUAGUUUAGGCCGUCAUGUCUAAAGUAGAUGCUUUGUAAUACCAUUUUAAAUUCAAAUUUCAUGUCCAAGUCUGUUACAAUAAUCAUUAAAUCAAAUACUCUCAUGAUAGAUUAAAAUGAGCUUGAUAACUUUCAUUCUGAUUGAUAUUUUUUUGAAUGGUAAUUUUGUUUAGAUAUCAGAAUCCAUUUUAUUUAUAGUUUUGGUUGUGUAUUGUUUUUAUUUAUUGUUUUGUGUUGUACAGUUCUUUUUUGGGCUUUUUAAAAUGUCUUCCAGUUGCAGUGUGGAGAGCUCUGUACAAAAUUAAAGUUUAUAAGGGCAAACUUCAA